AAGUGUUUUCUUUAUUGAAAUCACUGUAAUCCUAAAUGCAAAUUUUUUUUUUUCUAUUAUUCAUGGGCAAAGUCUUAAACCGCUACUGGUUUUACCUCAAAACCACUUUGCCUAUAAUUUUACAAAUUUAACAUCUUGAUAAGGGCGGCCUCUUAUGAAUCACCCCAAUUGAAGGAAACUCGUCUUCUAUCAAAUGCAUCAAAAUGCUAUUCCAUGCCGCAAUAAGCUUGCGGAAAAUCUCUUACUGUUGUUCUUCAUUACCCUGUUUUUUCAAUGAAAUUAACACCCAUUUCUUCUUCAUUCCACCAUUUUUACUUCUGAAAAAUGCUCAUUAUCACUCUUUUGCAUCACCAGUAACUACUAAUUAUAGAAACUACGGCAAAAACUUUGAUUACCCAUCUUCAAAAUCUAAUUUUUCAAUCAACCCUAGUUGUUCUUUGUCUCCUGCAGAUUACGCCUCACUUCUUAAAUCGUGUAUUUCUCAAAGAGCGAUUGAACCUGGUAAGCAGAUUCAUGCUCAAAUUUGCCUAUCUGGGUUAGCUUUAAAUGUUGGUUUAGCUACAAAACUUGUUGAUCUUUAUUGUAAUUGCAAUGCUUUGGUUUAUGCACACCAACUGUUUGAUAAAAUGCCUAAGAGUAAUUUGUUUUUAUGGAAUGUUAUGAUUCGUGGGUAUGCGUGGGAUGGACCUUAUCAAGUUGCUAUAUCACUUUAUUAUCAGUUGCUUGAUCAUGGGCUUAAUCCUGAUAACUUUACUUUCCCUUUUGUGCUAAAGGCGUGCUCGGCGCUUUUGGCUGUUAAGGAGGGUAGGGAGAUUCAUGAGCAUGUUAUCAGAAUUGGUUGGGAGAAUGAUGUGUUUGUGGGUGCUGCACUUAUUGAUAUGUAUGCAAAAUGUGGUUAUUUGGAGAGUGCUAGAGGUGUUUUUGAUAAAAUUGUAAGUAGGGAUGUUGUUUUGUGGAACUCUAUGCUUGCUGCUUAUGCCCAAAAUGGGCACCCGGAAGAUGCACUUACUUUGUGCAGUGAGAUGGUGUUUGCGAGUCAGAGGCCUACUGUUGCUACCUUGGUGACAGUUAUCUCGGCUUCAGCUGACAUUGGUGCCCUUCCUCAGGGGAGGGAGAUUCAUGGGUUUAGUUGGCGGCAAGGGUUUGCGUUUCAAGAUAAGGUUAAAACCGCUCUUGUAGAUAUGUAUGCAAAAUGUGGGUCAGUUAGAGUGGCAAGGAGAGUGUUUGAGAGGCUUCAGGAGAAAAGGGUAGUUGCUUGGAAUGCUAUGGUAUCUGGGUAUGCUAUGCAUGGUUGUUACAAUGAUGCAAUCGACUUAUUCGAGGAAAUGAUCAGUCAAGGUUAUGUGUGUGAUCAUAUUACUUUUGUUGGGGUCCUUUCUGCUUGUCGCCAUGGUCGUUUACUGGAUGAAGGUUGGAGAUAUUUUAACCAAAUGAUUGAAGAGUAUCAUAUCAAUCCUACGGUGCAACAUUAUACAUGCGUGGUUGAUCUCCUUGGCCAUACUGGCCGACUAAAGGAGGCUCACGAUCUCAUUAUGCAAAUGAAGGUUACGCCGGAUUCUGCUGUUUGGGGUUCAUUGCUAAAUGCGUGUAAGAUCCAUGGAAACGUAGAAUUGGGGGAAUUAGCAUUGGAGAAGAUCAUUGAGCUUCAACCUAAUGACUCUGGGAAUUAUGUGAUUUUGUCUAAUAUAUAUGCACAAGCUGGACAAUGGGAUGGAGUUGCAAGGGUGAGAAGAUUGAUGAUUGAUAAAGGAGUUAAAAAGAACAUAGCAUGUAGUUGGAUUGAAUUGAAAAAUGAAGUUCAUGCUUUCCUCUCUGGAGACACUUCGCAUCCCAUGUGUGACACUAUAUAUGCAGAACUAGAGAGGGUGACAGGAUUGGUAAUGGAAGCUGGGUAUUCUCCAACUACUGGGACAGUAUUCCAUGAUGUUGAAGAUGAUGAGAAGACCGGCAUGGUAUGCAGUCACAGUGAAAGGCUAGCAAUUGCUUUUGGACUUAUCAGCACUCAACCUGGAACAAGGCUUCUUAUCACGAAGAACCUUCGGGCAUGUGAAGAUUGUCAUAUCUUCAUUAAAUUUGUCUCAAAAGUGACACAAAGGGAAAUUAUUAUAAGAGAUGUCAAUCGUUACCAUCACUUCAAGGAUGGCGAAUGUUCUUGUGGUGAUCAUUGGUAAAUUAGAUGGGAGUCUUCCUAUUGAUAUGCUAAUGGUGUCUAUAUGCAGUGAAAGCAAUAUCUGGUAUCUACUCCCUCAGUCUUCCAGAAACAGUCUGGAAUCAGUUCCUCUCUUAAGAGAUGCAGAAUAUGCAGUUCCUAGGUCUGGCAUUCUAUUCCAAUAAAUCAUCAGCUGAAACUUUAGCAGUACAUUUUUAUGCCCUGGAAGAAAUGUUGAACAAAGAAUCAAUCGGCUUGUGCAUAUGCCUGCUGGUGGAAGCAGCUUUUGUAUGAUGUCCGGAACCAUUAAACAUGCCAAUCUCAAGACCAUUGGAGGAUCUGUUUCUAUGUGAAUUCUGACUUCAGUUUUAACGCUAUUCAUGAAGAUGGAAGGACUGAAGGAGCUAAGGUUAUUAUUUGAUCAUUUUACUUAUUGGGUUUAGUAUGGUAAAGUUUUUGGAGCUGCCUUGACCACAUACUAUAAUAAUGAUGUGAAAGGAAAAGAUUCUUUCUUGACCUUGUUAGAAAGAGGCAACUUUGGCAUAGGUUGUGGCAGCAGCAUCAGUAUCAAUUGCUUCCUUUGUUUUCUGCUUUAGUUAUGCAUAUUCAGGCUUCAGGUCCGAUAUUCUGUAUAUGCUGAUGCAUUGAAAUCACCCAGAAAUCAGGAUUCUGUGUAUGCUUUACCGACCGUUGGUUUGUCUUGAAGUCAUUGAAGUGGUAUAACGGUAUAACUAUAACCUCUCUAAGUUUUUGCCACCUCGCAAGUUCCAUGCAAUUCUUGGUUUCAUUAACUAUCUGCAAUUACAGUUCCAGCAAUAUCAAAGUUGUUUAAAUACCAGUUCCAGCAAUCAUCAGGAUGAGGUUGGUCUUCUUCAUGCUCCUGCACCAUCUCGUUGUCUUCUCUUACCAUCGACAUUGUAAGGCUGAUCUAGUCUUCCCUCUAAGUGGUAAGUAAACUCAGCUAUAUCUUCAGAGGGGAAUUCAACCAAGUCAUGAAAUGAAUUCUUGACCCCUGAUUAAGCUGUGAUGAGCUGGUCAUUCUUCAGUAGGUUGCCGACAUUUGUUACUAAAACCAGUUAAAUGUCUUGGCUUUCUGCUAGAACUGUUGCUAGUAAAGCAGAAGAAUCUCUGUAAUUAUUUGAUGUAACUUUGGUGUCUAAUUAAUGACAUUUUGGGUCAUUUUCUGGCAUAAUUAUACUGCCUAACUAAUGGCUUCCAGAAUUCGAUAGGACAACCUAAUUGUACUUUUUGGUUUGAAACAUCCUAGUUGUACUUUUACCUUGAUUCAAAAGCUCAUUGUAUGCAGUAAUUUGCAAGGGUGUGGUGAUGUAUGUUUAACAGAAGUAAUUUGCAAUGGUAUGGCGGUAAUUUGCAAGUGUAUUGUACCCUCGUGAGGAGGCAAUCCUAAUGUUUUUUUUAUCUUACCUUUAUUAAAAUAAUAAUAAUUAUUUGCAAGUGUAUUGACAACGAUUAUAGAAUGGAGGAAUUAGUCUGUAGAAAGAAUU